UGUAUAUUUGUUUGUCUCCACCUCUCUGGCUGACUGGGCUCCACCUUAGUCAAACAACUCUGUGCUCACUGAUGUGUUCAGCACCAUAGACUCUGGACAGUUCCCUCCAGAACACAAAGGCAGCAAGGAGCUCCGGCAAGUAGCUGUGCCAGUGACAGCAUCUAGCCGAUCUAGCCCAGGGAGCACUUUCUUCAUCAUUUCAUCAGCUUGAUUUCCAGCUCCUACUAAGAGCAGCUGAAAACAACUUGGGGGAUAAGAACACAAAGCUCCAGCAUGAACCCGGAGCGCAGAUCCGCCAUGAAACCCACUGAGCAUCCACCAGUGUCCCCCGACCUUCACCAAAAUGUCACCGAUAUGCCAACCAAGCACAAUGUCUUCUCAGAUAUAAAGGACAAAUUUAUGAAUGAACUGAGCAAACUGCCAAUUCCACCUUGGGCUUUGGCCACCAUCUUGAUAGUAGCCGGCCUACUCCUGGUUUGUUGCUGUUUCUGUAUCUGCAAAAAAUGCUGCGGUAAAAAGAAGAAAGGCAAAAAGGGAAAAGAUAAGGUGAAGGCCCAAAUUAACAUGAAAGAGGUGAAAGAUCUAGGAAAAAGUUACAUUGACAAGGUCCAGCCAGAUGUUGAAGAUCUAGACCCAUCUCUGCUUGAUGACGAAAAAGAUGACAAGCCAAGGGAGAAGCUGGGUAAACUGCAAUACUCUCUGGAUUAUGACUUCCAGACUGGUCAGUUGGUGGUGGGGAUCAUUCAGGCCGCUGACUUACCAGCGUUGGACAUUGGUGGCACUUCCGAUCCAUAUGUCAAAGUAUUCCUUAUGCCAGACAAAAAGAAGAAGUAUGAGACCAAAGUGCACCGCAAAACUCUAAACCCUACCUUCAACGAGCAAUUCACUUUUAAGAUUCCUUAUGCAGAGCUUGGUGGGAAGACAUUAGUGAUGUCAGUGUAUGAUUUUGAUCGAUUCUCUAAGCACGAUGCUAUUGGGGAGGCCCGCGUUCAUAUGAACACUGUGGACCUGGCUCAUGUCAUAGAGGAAUGGCAAGACUUACAAUCAGCUGAGAAAGAGGAGCAAGAAAAGUUGGGAGACAUCUGUUUCUCUCUGCGAUACGUGCCCACAGCAGGGAAACUCACUGUAAUCGUAUUGGAGGCCAAAAAUCUCAAAAAGAUGGACGUAGGCGGACUUUCUGAUCCAUAUGUUAAGAUUCAUCUGAUGCAGAAUGGCAAGCGACUCAAGAAAAAGAAAACCACGAUCAAGAAGAACACGCUGAACCCUUACUACAACGAGUCUUUUAGCUUUGAAGUUCCUUUUGAACAGAUUCAGAAAGUUCAAGUUGUCCUGACAGUACUUGAUUAUGACAAGUUGGGCAAGAACGAAGCUAUAGGAAAGAUCUUUGUGGGCUGCAAUGCUACAGGGACUGAGCUUCGCCACUGGUCCGACAUGUUAGCUAACCCUAGAAGGCCAAUCGCUCAGUGGCACACUCUACAGGUAGAAGAAGAAGUGGAUUCUGCCCUUGGAAUCAAGACCUCAUGAUGUCACUUCCUGUGUGUGAGUGAGUGGGAGUGCUUGUGGGCACAUGGAAGUACCUUCGUAAGCAGGUAUCUGUGCCACUGUAUGUAUAUACCUGUUCAAAGCUGUAGCUGUGAAAUAGCUUUGAGAAAACCUCCUGUUUUGUGGUUAUUUGUAAAUUAUUAAAAUAUUUAUAUAAGAUUUGGCAAAGAGGCAGUAUCCUUUUUCACGAUAAUUCAGCUGGUUUAGUAUGAAAAACUCAAGAUACUUGAAAUUAAAAAAAAAAUACUUUUCUUAUAAAAGCACAGAGGAAUAUGUCUGUAAAAUUAACAGCUAGCCCUCUGUUCAUUUUUUACAGUGAAAAAUAAUCAUUUAAACUGUUUACAUUAGUUAUUGAUUCUGACCAGAAAAUGGCAUUAUCGACUUUGCUUUAAAAUUUUAUAGGUGAAGAAAAAAAUCUUGGCAAAUUCAUUCAGGUGAUGUUCGAGAUAUGACAUUCGCACAGAGCUUGCAGCGUCCGUAUUACUGUGGAUUAUAGGACAAUAGUACAAGCUAGUCUUAAAAAUGUAAUUCAGGAUUUACUAGUGCCACCUACCAAUACUGAAUAAAUUGAAAAAAACGUGUACAUUUUUCAUCCUUCUUAUGAAGUUUUCACUUUUGUAUUUCUUACUUUAGUUAGUUCUAUAAAGGUGCGAUUCCCCGCUGUUCUACUGAUAUAUACAAAUAUUUUCUGAUGAUUAAAUUAAGCAUUGUACACAUAUUUAAUAUACAUUGCAUGAUCUAAUAUAUCCCAGAAUUUAUUGUUUACAAAUUGUGGAUGAGGCCUCUGUUGAAUUGUUUCGGUCAUUGUUGGUUACGUUUGACCAGCCUAAUUUCCCUGCUGUGGCAUCACUUAGUGGAUGAACUGACAGCGGAACGGAAAGUUGAUAGGACACGAGAGACUCAAAUCCAUAGCAAUACAGUGAGCUUUGUUGUAAUUUGCACUUAUCCAUUUAUCCCCUUAAGGACACAUGACGGAAAUGUCCCGUCAUCAAGCUGGUCUUUUUUAUUUCUGAAGCUGUGUCUUUAAAGGGUGAAUAGAUUUCAAAGGAGGCUCAGCACCUUUAAACAAAAAAAGAAUCCAAAUUAAUUACUCCACAUACUGAUUGCUGAAUGAUUAGGAGAUGUACAAAUAGAGAAAGGAUUAUGCCUCUUUGAUGAGCCACCAUUUGUACCAUUGUUGGGGGUGUCACAAUUAAAAAAUACAAUAAUAAUGUAACAAUUCAGAAUAUGGGAAGGGUAUAUAAUAAAGCAUUUCUGCUUCCAGAGGUCUCUUUGUGACAAUCAACAUUAUAUUCACUGUUUAUUUUUUACAGUUCAUGGGAAGAGGAGAAUGGGAACAUAAGGGGUGAAAAGUUAUAGAAAAUUGGAUGGGGGCCCCCCACAUAGCAAAGUCCUUUUUAACAAAGCUGAGGUCUCAAUAUCCACAUUCAGACUUACAGAACUCAUAUAUCAUUCAAAACAUUCUUAAAUUGAAGACAAUCAAUAUCAGAACAAGAGCUGGAAAGAAAUAGCUGUUGUAUUCCAUAACCUUUAUUUUCAUAAAAACACUCAAUCAAUUCUGAACUCACGGCUGAAUUUAUAUGACCAAAUAGCGUGCAAGGAAGCACGUCAACAUGAAUUAUUACUUGAUCACAUGCAGGAAAAACAGUAGUAUCAUUUGAGAGACUGUAAAUCUCUUUUCCAUUUUUUGUAGAUUCUGUGGUUUAAUUAUAUGUACUGAAAAAUAAAAUAUAAUAAUUAUAUAGCAGCUAAAUAACCUGCAAAUGUGGGGUUUGUUCAUUAAGCAAGGUUGAUUGACAAACAAAAUUGUGAAUUUAUAGGGGUUAUGGAGAAGUGGUUGUAUGUUAAACCAGCCCCUUGCUCAGCAAAUUGUUAUUGCAGAUGUCACACUUCCACAUUAGCAAUCUCAAUUCUGUACAUAUUCGGACAUCAUUCAUUGGCUGAGCAUGUCAGUGCUCAGCCAAUGAAUGUUUUCCAACUAUGGAAUGCGUUGAUAUUGCUAAAGUACAAAUUUACUUUUUGCAGUAGUGAGGGACAUUGUCACAGGUACCCAGGCAUGCAAGCACUUUAACUGCCUAAGGCUAGCCAAACAAAACUAGAAAAAUAAUUUAGUUGGACAUUUUUUCAAGUUGACCUAUUUUAAAAAAAAAUCACUUCCUUUAUUAAUUCUACACAAUUCACAGUUUAAUGAACAAACUGUCUUUAACUGAAUGCUAUAAUUAAAUACAAUCUAAAUAUAUGUCAUUAUUGUUUUAUAGAAAAAAAAUAUAUGAAAUACAUUAAUGCCCAAACAAUAGGAGCAGCCUAGACAUUGUAUAUAUAUUUAUAUAUAUAAAAUAUUAUAUAUCUCAAGAGCCUUCACUGGUCUUUCUUAUUAAUUCUCCAGCAUCUGGUUCAAUCUCUCUAUCUGUACAGAGAAUGCUGACCGCAGGUAGCCUCUGGUCUCUCUGCCUACCUCACUAACUAGAGCUCAGGGGAAACAUCUCCCUGCCCUUCAGCCCUUUUCCGCCACUUUUUAUAUCCUAAGACAAAGUUCAGCUGCUGAUCAUUGCUCUGAUGUCCACGAUUGUCUUAACUGAAUCCAUACUAACACUUCUUUAUAUAAGCUAAUCAAAGUCCACCGUACAUCUCAAGUGCCAGAACAUGAGUCAUAUGUAGAACAGCAGUAGAAAACAUGAGUAUUCUGGUUAUAUCGCAGAAAACUGACUACAGUGAACAAUACAUGCAUUUCCAUAAACAGAAACCCACACAGGAUACAUCCAACCAUCAUUUUUUCCAACUGGUGGAUAAGUGACAUUAGAGAACAAUCAUGGCUAAUCUUAGCAAUUAAGUUUGUCAACUAUGUUUUGCAUGAUUUUCAGCAGUCCUAUCUUAUACUAAAGGGAGCAUCAUGGCAAAUUUAGUUCCCAUAUGUCGUCACUGCUAUGGUUGACAAUCUGUGCCAUCGACACACAUUAUUACUUCUGACCAACAUCAUCAAUUUACGCACUUUAUCACUGCUUCCGCUUAGCACAAUCUUCUUAGUGAUUUCCACUUACAUUCAACAAUAGGAUGUAAGUGCAGAAAAGGGUUAUGAACUCAACGUAAUGCACUUUAUUAAAUGGAAAAAACAUUUGCAAUUUCCUACAUAAUUAGUUUAUAGGGUCAAUGGACAAUGACACAACACUUUCAAGUUCAAUCUUUCUAUUUUUGUUGGCACGAGGAAGUCUCAAACAAUUCUCCAUACUUCCCAAGGCAGUUACAUUAUUUUUUUUUCAGAUAAUUGUGACCUACGCGGAAAGUAAUAAAUAUUACUAGUGACACUAACAUGUCAAUAAUGUCCAAAAUACAUAUAUCUAUAUAUUCACUUCAUAUAUACUUUAUAAUAUCUGUUGUCUACUAACUGUAGCUGUAUUUGCCAGAUUUAAAGCAUUGUUAACCAGAGUGUAUUGUCAUUAAUUUCCUAAAACUACUUAAUCUUCUGUUUUGUCUUUGUGUAAUAAAAAUACAGAUUAAGGAACAGCACACGCACGCACACGCACACACACACAAAACACAGUUUCAAAUUUUACAAGGCUACUUAAUAAGCUAUUUUAGCAAACAAAUAUGGAGAUUCAGUUACACCAUAUGGCCAUAUGGUGUUAAGCCCACCACUACGUCGCAGUUCCCCAAUAUCGGUGGGACCUACAUUAAUUUUAACAUGGGAGAUUAACAUGCUAACUGCAAUACUUACUGCUUAAACCGCUCACAGAGACCCUCCUGAAUUUAUGCUUUCAUGUGGUCAUCUCCACCUAUAGUGGAUGUGUGGGGUACUAAGCCCAAUAGAAAUCUGUCUUUGUGUAAUGUCCCUUGAAAGAAAAUGUUAGAGGACCUUGAAGUGGGGCAAAGCUCUGAGCUUAAGACUUUGCAAUAGAGAGUUAUGUUUCCUUUGCUGUCAAAAUUGCCACGGGCAGGCAAUAAAUAAGGUACAACAAUAACCAGGGUUUACAGAUAACGAUAUCUAGCACUACAGUGAUAUCUGAAGGUAUCAACUUUGCAAAUUUGUUACAUUUUUGUGUACAUAAUUAACUGGACCAAAUUUUAUCUCUUUUGAUACUUUAGUAGAACUUUUUGUGGUGAUGAUAUUGUGACACUCCUUGCAGUUUGGCUCUGUCUUUCUAAUUCCUUCCAUCCAUUGAUCUCCUCGAUUUUAUGUUUUUUUCAUAAAUUACAUUUUAUUUGUGUUUUUUAUGUCCCUGUCUCAUUCGCAUAAAGAUUUGACUUUUUUUUUUUUUUGGCCUUUUCAUUUUUUGUUGUUGCUUUUAGAACCUCAAUGAAUUCUUCUAAACUGUAUCACAUACCUUUCAUACUUACUGACCAUUGACAUUUCUAAGAUUUUGACCACAUGGUUUUCUGAAUUUACUGUAUCCUAUUUCAUAGUGGCAUAAAACCCUACAGCCCUUAAAGACACAUGACAUUUUUCUUGUACAAAUCGCUUUUUUGGACAUGUCAGAUAAUAGAAAACUAAGUAGCAAUGUGUGUGUGAAGCUCUUGGGUAUGUUCAUCCACAAUAAGUUAUCUUAUGGCACUAACGGUGUGUAUUAACUUGUAUUUCCUGUGCCAUGACUCUUUCUCUCUUAUACAUAUAGUUUAUUAAGGAGCAAAAAAACUCAAAUCUUUGACCUUUGCAGUCAAUUAGAUGUUUUAAUUCAGCCUUCAUUAAUAAAUGUUAGCUUUUUUUGUAUAAAAAUCCAAAUCAUUCCUUUAUACAUUGUAGGUAUCGCUCAUCUCUGUUGCUAGCAAGGGUUAAUUGUUAAUUUUAAACUACUAUACCCAGUGUUGUUUAAAUUAUUUCAACGUUUUUUCAAAGGCCAUUUGUAAUGCUCUCUUCCUAUCAGUUUUGUAACCUGAUUUACAAAUUUCAAAUCAUAUGCCAAAUAUGUCUAUGUGUGCGCGUGUGUAUAUAUAGACAUAUGCCACCAUAUUUAAACAGCCAAAAUACUCUUGUAAGUUGACCAAUGUGGAUGAACCAACCAGAGCUUUUUGACCCAUCUCUCCUUCUGUAGUUUUCUUGGAAUCCCUUGUAAUAGCAGUAACGCUUUAUAAAGGUUCCCUUUUGAACAUAUUUUAAUAUUAAUGAUGUAUUUGAAUGAAACGCUGUCUGUUAAUGAAUAAAUGAA